AAAUGAUUUCUGUGGAAGUUUGUGUGUUUCGUUUGUUUAUUUAAAAAAACAAAACACUUCAUCCAUCAUCUGUCUUUACAUGUACUUAGCCUUACUUAUGUGCAUUCAGGUUUCACCCUGGAAAGAAAACUUUUGGUGUGUAAUUUUGAAAAUAUGACCUAUGACUUAAAAUUCAUAGAUUUUUAGAUAUGUACCAAAACUUUGCAUUUCUUUCUUAUGGUGAUUAAGGUCUCAUCCCACUCCUGAGGAGAAAAAGAGAAUGUCAUUUGACAUCCUAAAAUUUGGUUACUAUCUGCCCUUUGGUUUCUUAAGACAUUGACACUAUUGCCCUCAGCCUGUUACUAUUAAGUUUUGAGGCAUUAAAAAUUUUUUUCUACAGAUUAUAAAAAGUAACACCUGGCACAAAUCACCCAUAUUAAAAAAAGGCACCUGCAGUGGGAAAUGUUUUAUUAUUUGAAAAAUAUUCAAGAUACUAAAGACUUAUUCUAUAUUAUGCCACAAGGCUUUACUCAUUCCCUACACAAGUUUUUUUUGAGUAAAUAACACUUAAUGUGCACAAAUUUAUACAGAGCUGUCUUGAUUAUUAAAAGUGAUGAAAAAUGUGCCUUUUACCAAACUGUUCAGGUUGGGUGAACGAUGUUGGUGGAAAGUUUUUCUGUGAGAAAUUGUUACAUUUUACUUCAACAAGCAUUGGACAGCAUACCCUUAUACUUAAGAGGUUUUCUGUGUUGUUGUUGUUUUAGUAUAGAAGCAAUUCUUUUCCAUACUUGAAUAUUGCUUAAUCCAAAGAUCUGAACUGUUCCCUCUUUGAUUAAUGAUAUAUUUAUUCAGAAUAUAAUGCUAGUCUUGAGGGUUUUUUCCCUUAUUAUUUUAAAAGUUGUUUUUACACCAAACUUUAUCCUGUGUGAAACCCUAUGGAAGGCUAUUAGUCUAUUUGUUAGUACAUAACAUGUUCAUUUUUACAAUUUGUGGGGUCUUUUUUAUUUUAAAACCAAGCUCUCCUUUUAUGUUUUCUAAUACAGCAGGAACUUAUUUUUCUUUCUGUCAUAGAAGAGUUAAAACAUUUUUCUAGUGGGGGAAAAAAUGAGCAAAAAACUGUUAAGAUAUGGAGAAUAGGUUGUGGUUAUACAUUGUGCUGGAAAAGUAGCGCUGAAAAAACUGUUAUGUUUAACAAAAGUGGUUUAACUUUUUCCAUUUGAGUUAUAGUUUUUAGUUAAAUCUGAAACAUUUUAGAAAACUCUUUCACUAUAAUCCAGAGUUUCAGACUAUUGUUAAAUUUUACUUCCUUGGCAAUGUUUUACCUUUGCUAAAAGUUUCUAUCUUCUUGUUUUAGGCUUUUUAUUGUGUGAAAAUGUUAGUCAUCCUGCACCUAGUAUGUUUGAAAGAUGUAGUGGGAGAGGAGAUGAUUGUGGCAUAUAAUUACAACUUUCCUCUUACCUCAUAUUUUCAUUUUCCAGAAUAUAAAUUACCUCAUUAAAUUAGGCCUUUAGUCUUUUAAAAAUUCAAUCUAACAAAGUUAUUAAAUGUAAGACUAUACUAGGCAUUGUAGGUACAAAGAUGGUGGGGGAGGGAAUCCUUCUUAUCCACUGGAACUGCUGUACAAUUUAGCGAAGAUGUUGGGGCCCAGAUGGCAACAGAAACAAAUUACUAUAAAACAAGUCAUAAUAUAAUCACAUAACUAGGAAAAGUAGAACCAGAGUAGUGUGAGACUGAAGAAUACAGGAAACAAUUCUAGAUUGUGGGGAAGCUAAGAAGGUUUUGUAAAGGGGAUGGUACCCCAAGUUGAAUUUCUAAGAUGGAGAUAGAAAAGAAUUUCAAAAGGCAUUUGGAAAGCCCUUUUCAUUUAUGGAAAGUAUAUUCAGAUGCGUAAUAGUAGAAGCCAACAGAUUAAGAUGAAUAGUUCACUAUUGCCAGAGCACAUGAGCAUAGGCGCCUGGAAGAAUUUGAAGCUAGAUUUUGUGGGAGCCUUGAAGGUCCAUUUGAAUAAUUUACAUGUGAUCCUCUAUGUAAUGAGAGACUAUGAAGGUAGAGGACUUAAAUACUCAAAAGACAGUAUGCAUCAUUUUCAUGAAGAGUAGAAUAUUUUCCAGGCAGAAUCAAUCAUCAUCUUGCUUAAUUGGAGAAGUGAUGUCAAGUUCAGAAAUCAGAAGUGAGAGAAAACAUACAAAGACCCUAGGUUUAGAGCUGUUACUAUAUUGUCAUUCACUAGAAGUGGACAGUCUUAUACUUCAGAUCAUAUUCUGAUUUAUGGAUCAGUCUUUGGUAGUGGAUACAUUGAACUUAGAGUUAGGAAGACCUGAGUCCUAAAUCUUGCUUCAGAUACUUAGUAGAGCAGAAUAUGUUUCCGUACCAUAGGUCUAAGCUUGCUUAAGUGAGUUACAAGAGCUUGUUAAAAACUUAGGAGCACUUAGUGACCUCAGCCAAACCUAGUAGGGCUUGCAGAGCAGAAAUUAAGAUCCUUGACUGACUAGAGCGCGAAGCAGAAUUUGGGGUUGAAAUAAUAGGAUACUUGAGAGUCAAAUUGGCUUAUCAGAGGAGUCUUGUUUUUGCUACCCUUUAAAAAGAAAUCUCAACUUGUUACAGAGGUGGUAUGUAAAAACUAAACAAAAUAGAGAAUAAGCAUUUCUCAGAAUGUGGUGUGAUCUUGAUAAUUCCAAACCUCUUCUUAUUCCUCAAUUAUGCAUCUCCCUUCUUCCACCCUUCCUACCCUUGUAAAACUUUUAAUGUAACCAGUACAUAGCAUCUGCAGUAUUUUGAAUUUACUGUAACAAAAUUUUGUGCAAGUUACAGUAGCCACUAAAUAUUCUCAGCAUAUACUCUCACUAUAGAUGCAGAACACAAAUAAGUUUUGAGUCAAACCUAUUGGUUUCAACUUCCUGCUUCAGACAGUAUUAUCUGCACCAUUGCUUGAGUGUUGCACAAGGAAUGGUCAUAGGGCAGGCUUCAGGAAGAAUUAGUUUUAGGGUGCCUAGAUAAUCAGUAUCUGGAUAAUGAAGAGAUAAUUGAAUUAAUAAUUAGUUCUCUCUUCUCUUAUAUUCAUUGCCAGAUUUCUUCUGCUUCAGUAUUAUAAGGGAUGAAUAUGGCUUAGACUUGGUUUCUUUUCCCUUUAAUAAUGUUAGUGUUUCAAAAAUACUAUUCUCUACAUAUCAUGGAUCCCACAUGGCAUUAUGACAUGAUAGUAGACUAGGAAUUAGAAGGCUUGUUUAAUCUUGGCUUUGUCAUUAACUAGUUGUGUGAAUUUAGGGAAGAUAUUUAACCAUUUUAAGUUUCAAUGUCUUGUUUGUAAAAUAGGGAUAAUAAUAAUCAUUAUUAUCUUUUUCUGUUUGUUUUCCUGUAUUAAAUGAGAUGUCAGAAUGAUUUGAGAGUGUAAAGUUCUAUAUAAAUGUAAAGUAAUAUUAUUUCAAAAGAUGUGAUUUCAUCAAUAUGGGUUAUUAUUUCUGCCAACCUAUAGCACAUAUCCUCUACACCUUAGUAAAUAGUUUUAUGAGUUGUGGUCAAGAGCCUUUAUCUUUAAUUCCUUUUGGUGAUGAAGUGUAUUAGUACUAUUAUUAGUAAAACUUGAUAAUAGACUCAAUUAAGCCAGAUCAUCCCUAGAACAUUGGAAGGGGUACUGGAAAAAAAUUGGAAAAGAUCUGUCAGGAUUUAUAUAGUACACUGUUUUCUCCAUUAAUGGCAGUGGAGCCACCACAUUUGAAUUCUGACAUCACAAUCCCCAGUGUGUUGCAUGAGAGUCUUUCUUACUGCUUAUGGCACUAAGGAAAACAAAAACAAGAAGAGUUGCUCUAGAAAAUUUGAUGGUAUAUACAGAAAAGGGCCAUUGUGGAGGCAGCAACAUUUUCAGGAUGUUGAGAGACUGAUUCUCAAGAUAUAUGAAAGAGGGAAGGGUACCAAUUUUUUUUUUUUAACUCACUGUUAUACUACCUAAGAAAAAUAAUUAAGGAAAUACCAAUAACUACUAACCCAUAUGCCUAUUUUCCCAACUAUACAAGACCUUUAUGAGAAGAAGCUACAUACAUAUCAAGGGCAUCUUUAGUUAAGACCAAUGACUCGAGCUCAGAAUCGAUAGCAUCCUCCCCUAAACAGGACACCAUGAGCAGUUUUCUGCCAGAGGGCAGGUGUUAUGAACUGCUCAGAAUCAUAGGCAAAGGGUUUGAGGAGUUGAUGACAGUGAAUUUAGCCAGAUACAAACCAACAGGAGAGCAUGUCACAAUACGGAGGAUUAACCUAGAGGCUUGUACCAAUGAGAUGGUGACCUACUUACAGGGAGAACUUCAUGUCUCUAAGCUCUUCAACCAUCCCAACAUUGUGCCAUAUCGAGCCACCUUCAUUGCUGACAAUGAGCUAUGGGUUGUCACUUCCUUCAUGGCAUAUGGUUCUGCAAAGGAUCUCAUCUGUUCACAAUUCAUGGAUGGCAUGAAUGAGUUGGCAAUUGCAUACAUCUUGCAAGGGGUGUUAAAGGCACUAGACUACAUCCAUCAUAUGGGCUAUGUACACAGGAGUGUUAAAGCCAGCCACAUCCUGAUCUCAGCUGACGGGAAGGUCUACCUGUCAGGCCUUCGCAGCAGUCUCAGCAUGAUCAGCCAUGGUCAGCGGCAGCGAGUUGUCCAUGACUUUCCCAAAUACAGCAUCAAGGUCCUGCCUUGGCUCAGUCCUGAGGUUCUCCAGCAGAAUCUUCAGGGUUAUGAUGCCAAAUCUGACAUCUACAGUGUGGGAAUCACAGCCUGUGAGCUGGCCAAUGGCCACGUCCCCUUUAAGGACAUGCCUGCCACCCAGAUGCUUCUGGAAAAGCUAAAUGGAACAGUACCCUGCUUGCUGGAUACCACCACCAUCCCUGCUGAGGAGCUGACCAUGAAUACCUCACGUUCAGGGGCCAACUCUGGCCUAAAUGAGAGUCUUGCUGCCAGCACGACCCGGAACUCCAAUGGGGACUCCCCUCCACAUCCUUACCAUCGUACUUUCUCACCACAUUUCCACCACUUUGUGGAGCAAUGUCUACAACGCAGUCCUGACCUCAGGCCGAGUGCCAGCACCCUCCUGAACCAUUCUUUUUUCAAGCAGAUUAAACGACGGGCCUCAGAGGCCCUACCUGAAUUGCUCCGCCCUGUUACACCCAUCACCAACUUUGAAGGCAGCCAACCCCAGGACCCUAGUGGUAUCUUUGGCCUAGUAUCAGGCCUGGAUGAGCUGGAGAUGGACGACUGGGAUUUCUGAUCCCCUGGAAGCUGUUUGUUCCCCAAUCCCUGAAGACUUGAGGGGGUGUGGGGCCGUUCCUAAGGGUUAGGGCUUUCAUGCCCUCCUGAAUACAGAUUGUGUGGAAAGGAAGGACAGUUCUGAUGAGAGAGCUGACUACUUUCUGGUUGGGGGAGGUGGUUGUGGCUGGGCACCCUGCCCUUUGCUGCUGCAGGGCCAGAGGGUACAAGUGAAUUCCAGUAUCUAGGGGUCAAAAGCAGCCAAGCAUCUGACAGUCUCUCUGAGGUUUAAUUCACCUCUGUCUGAGUCUGAGAGGGAAUGGGAAAGAGGAUGGAGGGGAAAGAUGUUUUGGGCCUUGAAGGCUGAAGCCUGAUUCCUAGGAUUCCUAGAGCUAAUCAAGGGAGCUAUAUUCCCUCCCUUUUCUAACCCCUUCCCCUACCUGCCUUUACCCUGGGACAGGUUAGCAUCUUCUAUAGAGAAAAAUUGAGGAACCCAGUCUCCUUCUGAAACCCUCUUUUAGAGCAGAAGAGAGGGUUGGUUUUUUUAAUCCGUAUUAAUCUCCUAUCAUCCUGCUAUAGCAGGAACAGCUCGAUCUAGCACAAACCUCUACUAAGGCUCAGGGUCCUGGCAUUUUAACCUUAGAGCCUAUGUUGUCUUUCUGCAGGUCACUUGGGUUCCCAACCUUUCCCUGCCAAUAGUGAGCCUUCUCAGAGCCACUGGCCACCUGCCUUGGUGCUUUCCCCAAAGGCCAUUUGUGGCUUCUGGGUUUAACCUAAGGCUUAAUCUCUCCAGCUAUUUGUUAGUUUUGUUGCCAACAUAAAUUAAAAUUUUCAAUGAGUCCA